GCUUGGCCGAUCUCAUUUACAUGCUCAAACGUCCCAACGGGGCGUGAGUUCAUGUUUGACCAUAAGACCGGAGGAGGCAGGGCUCACAUGUGCUAAUUGGCUGUCAAGGGUUUGGGUGCGUUGUCUGUGCUUUAAGGAAACAGGUUAGUUUAGACUAGGGAGCAUAACUUCUAGAAACAUGGCCUUUUAGGUCUGCAGUUUAAAAACAGGCACUUUACUUGUUUAGUUGCCGAGGCUUGAUUAUAAUUGCAGGGUUUUUAAUUUUUUUCACUGGGGUCGCAAAAUGAAUUUGAUUUGGUCGUCCAGACUACUGGGUGCGACAGUUGUUUUCCUAUUUAUAAAGGUUGGAACAGGGUGUGAUGGCUCCGAUUGUACCAAAAGCCAACAAUCGGAGAAAACAACGGAGAUCUCGGGAUAUCUUAGCCAGAUCCAUGGGAUGAAGGCGCUGUCGGAUGAACGGAAGCACGGAGAUGCGGGAUCUGUAAUACCAUUCGUUGGUAUUACUGGAAGUACGUUAAGCCGACACAUUGCUUUUUUUCUGCUUUAUAUUUGUUUCAACUGUCUGCACCUAAUUCUGUUGGCUGAACAAGUGGCUUCGGGAUGCUGCUGUUCAAGACAAAGUCGAAGCUGCUGUCAAAAUGGGGGCACCUGUAUUUUAGGUAGCUUUUGCGCUUGUCCAAAGCACUUCACAGGCAGGAGUUGCGAAUAUGAUGAUCGUAUCAGAAACUGUGGUGGAAUUCUUCAUGGGGAAUGGGUAAAGAAAGGCUGCUCGUACUGUAGGUGUGGAUAUGGCGUUUUUCAUUGCUUCCCACAAGUCUUCCAUCAUAACUGCGAUGACUCUCAGGAAGUACUAUGGUUUCGCUCUGCUGGAUCGGAGAUGCAACAGCCUCAGUGUUUUGUGUGUCUAGCACUGUUCUGUUUGAUUUUCUUUUUCCUUUGAAGGAUAUAGGUAAAAUCUGCAGAUUUAUGAGGACCGUGAUAGUCCCCUGUAUACAUCAUCGAGAAUAUGAGAUUUUAUUUUUCUCUAGCCCCUAUGAAUGUGCAAUUCUUUUAUUUGCUUCCAGUGGAAGUCAGCAUUAUGUUAUGCGGAGUUAUUGUUUUAAUAUGUUGGGAGCUCUAAAUAAGAUUUUAUUAGAAAUAGCGACAUUUCCUUGUAAUUAUUUCUGGUUGAAGCUGCAGUGUCCAACAGUUCACUGUCCACAUUGAGUCACAUUUACGACGUUAUGUCUUUUUUCCUUAUUGUACAUCCGUUGAAGUGUCUCAAGGUAUUUGAUUGGGAAAUAAAGUGCUAUUUUGACUUAACUUUCCGUCAGGAUGUUUUUAGUUCAAAACAAGAACAUCUUCCAUUUGUAUAUAUGAAAGUAAUUGACAAUGGUUUUGUAUUUAAUUUAAAGUGAAACUAUACACAUAGAAAGUUAUGUUGUUUUCACUGCUUUGUUACAUUCAUUAUGUCUUAUCUGCAUCUGUGAGCCGUAUCUGUUCUGUGUGGCCUCCCUGUUAAAGAAGGAACGACCCUUGAUUGGUGAGGCACUUAUGUGACCUUACUCUGUUUCCCUUAGCAAACCCUUUUUCUAAGAUAACAUUUUAUCAGUGUAAUGAUUGAAAGUAGUCAUGCACAUGUCGUGCUGUUUGUUUUCACUGAAAAUAGAAUGGAUAAUGGAAGUAAAUGUCUGAGGUGACAAGAAA